UAUCCUACAUUAAAUUUAAAGCGGUUGUGCCUUUGUUCCUUUAAUAAAAAUAAAAACAACUUGUUGGUUCUGCAAUCUGUCUGCAUUUUAUUAAAAGGGCUUUAUGGCAGCCUUUGAAUUCCGGUCACCCUAUUUACUCUCUGUAAUUUUUCUCCUCCUCAUCCUCCUCCUUCUGGUUCUUCUUCCAUUCUCUCACUUGAACCAAAACCAUUUCAAUCUUACAACCCUUUCUUCUUCUUCUUCUUCUUCUUCUUCUUCUUCUAGCCCUCGUCAAAGCAACCAAACAAGCCAAUAUCAAUAUGUCUCACCUGCACCGUCUCCUUCUACUUCCAUUGUUGCAGACCAUGUCAAAAAAAAGAAGAGCAGUGGAAUCACGAUUGAAGAAGAGUUGGCGAGAGCGAGAGCAGCCAUCCGCGAAGCCAUUCGUACGAGCAAGUAUACAUCUGAUAGACAAGAGAUUUACAUCCCCAGAGGAAGUGUGUACAGAAAUCCCUAUGCAUUUCAUCAGAGCCACAUAGAGAUGGUGAAAAGAUUCAAGAUAUGGGCUUACAAGGAAGGAGAGAUACCCAUCUUCCAUAACGGGCCCAUGUCCUACAUCUACUCCAUUGAAGGUCAUUUCAUCGAUGAGCUGGACACCAGUGGAAAUUCCCCAUUUUUGGCCCGCCAUCAUCACGAGGCACAUUCCUUCUUUGUCCCUGUAAGCGUCAAAAGGGUUGCUGAUUUCUUGUACGAUCGCCCUAAACCAUACACAUUUCACGGUCGACUAGUUCGUAUUGUCACCGACUACAUUAAUGUUGUGGCCCACAAGUACCCCUACUGGAAUAGGAGCAAUGGAGCUGACCACUUUAUGCUCUCUUGUCAUGAUUGGGUAUCUAUCAACUUCCACAACUCUCCUUGGAAUUUCAUUUCCGAACACCUUGGUUCCUUACAAGCACCAGAAAUCAUAUAUGAUGACCAUGAGUUCUACAAGAGCUUCAUAAGAGUACUCUGCAAUUCUAACACUUCAGAAGGAUUCCAGCCCGGGAGAGACGUCUCACUACCAGAAUAUAACAUACCAGAGAACACUCUUGGCCCGUCGCUCCUCCACCAACACCCUGAUAACCGGCCUAUCCUGGCCUUCUUCGCCGGUGGUGCUCAUGGAAACAUAAGGAAGUUUUUGUUUGAACAUUGGAAGGACAAAGAUGAUGAAAUCCAAGUCCAUGAGUAUCUCCCAAAGGGGCAAAAUUACCACCAAAUAAUGGGACAGACCAAAUUUUGCUUGUGCCCAAGUGGGACUGAAGUUGCUAGUCCUAGAGUGGUUGAGGCCAUGUAUGCAGGGUGUGUCCCUGUGCUCAUUUCUGACUAUUAUUCAUUGCCCUUCGCUGAUGUUCUCGACUGGAGCAAGUUUACAAUAGAAAUUCCACCAAAGAGAAUACCCGAGAUCAAGGCAAUAUUGAAAGCUGUUCCGCACUCAGAAUACUUGAAAUUGCAAAAGAGGGUGAUGCAGGUGAGAAGGCAUUUCAUGCUCAACCGACCAGCUAAGCCAUUUGAUGUAUUUCAUAUGGUGCUUCACUCCAUAUGGCUAAGGAGGCUUAACAUCAGGCUACCCAAUUAAUUUUAUUUAACAACCUUAAGCAUUCUUUUAAUAUUUUACUCUUGGAAUUUUACACCAUUUGCAUAAUCUUCUAUAAUUUUGAUCAUUUUGGCCCCUCCCUCCUA